AUGCGGACCUCCAAGGCCUCGCAGGAUACCGCCAAGGUCUUCCAAGCUCUCUCGUCUACGCGUCGCCAAACGCGCAACUCGUCGUUGAAUAGCAGCGGACUGCGCAGCUUCGCCUACAAUGCUGCCGGCGUAAAGGAGGAGGAUAUCCCUCCCGUCACACGAGCCUCUCCAGGAACCGAUUCCUCGUUAUCGUCGGCAGAUACGGCCGACAUCGAAGAUCUGAUGCAGCCGCGGCCAAAGCGCCAGAAACGCAACCCGAGUGGCACCUCCCCCCGUGCCCCUUCCCGAGCCGCACGCAAUCCAACGGUUACCAAGGAGGAACCCGAGGCCAAACCGAGUGCCCCCGCCAGAGCCCGUCGGAUGCCGGCGAGAAAGACUCGUGAUGCGGCCGGGGAGGUUGUGGUCGAGCCGCCCUCGAAUUGGGAGGUUAUGUAUAAUACGGUGAAGAAGAUGCGUGAGGACAACCCCACGGCCCCGGUGGAUACCAUGGGCUGUGCAGAGCUGUACUGGCGUGCUUCGUCGCCGCAGGACCGCAGGUUCCAGACGCUUAUCGCCCUGAUGCUCUCAUCGCAAACGAAGGAUACGGUCACGGCUGUUGCGAUGCAGCGAUUGCAUACCGAGCUUGGCGAGGGAGCCGAGGCGGCGGAGACCAAGGUGAAAAGCGAAGGCGACGAAGCCAAGAUCAUUGAGAAAGACAGCACCCUCAAUCUAAAGAACAUUCUCGCGGUGGAACCGAGCAGGCUAAACGAGCUCAUCCAUACCGUCGGCUUCCACAAUAACAAAACAAAGUACAUCAAAGCUGCAGCCCUGAUCCUUCGGGAUCAAUACGAUGGCGAUAUCCCGUCAACACCAGAAGGCCUGAUGGCUCUACCAGGCAUCGGUCCUAAGAUGGCCUACCUCUGUAUGAGUGCUGCGUGGGGAAAGCAUCUGGGGAUUGGCGUGGAUGUGCAUGUUCACCGAAUCACGAAUCUGUGGGGCUGGAAUAAGACGAAGACCCCCCGAGGAGACUCGGCACGCCUUGCAGUCCUGGCUGCCGCGCGAUAA